UGAGCAUCAGGCCCUGCGACUCAGACCCUGGAGUUCUGCUUCAUCCGCCCCCGGCGCGGACUGUGCCCUAGGCGGGCACGCAGACAGGCAGGGCUGGGCUAGGGCCGGGCUUCCGCGGGGCAAGGAUCAAGGUCCCGGCCGGGAGAGGCCGCCACGCAUUUCAGCUUUCCCGACCGGACUCUGAAGAGGGCGCAGUAGAGCCCCAGAGGAGCGCGACAACGAGCGCCGCCUCCGCCGCAGGUGGGGCCUGGACCAUCCCCGCCCUGGGCGGAGUCAUCAGCGCCUGGGACCCGCCCGCCGCGCGCAGGCUUCGGAGCCGUCUGUAGGGGCGGAAGGGAAGAGACCCGAGAGGGAGGCGGCGACGGAAGUGGCUGCAUUACUGGCGCUCGGGGCGCAUGCGCCAUUGCGCUCCCUCGCGGUGGCUCUUCGGUGAGCUCUCCGCGUUUCUCCGCCCGAAGGUCGGGCUCCAUAGCUACUUCUGUUCUCGUGGCCUCUUACGAUGGCAGGCAUCCUGUUUGAGGAUAUUUUCGAUGUGAAAGAUAUUGACCCAGAAGGCAAGAAGUUUGACCGAGUGUCUCGCCUGCACUGUGAGAGUGAAUCUUUCAAGAUGGACCUCAUCUUAGAUGUAAACAUUCAGAUUUACCCUGUAGACUUGGGUGACAAGUUCCGAUUGGUUAUAGCUAGCACCUUGUAUGAAGAUGGUACCCUUGAUGACGGUGAAUACAACCCCACAGAUGACAGGCCUUCCAGGGCUGACCAGUUUGAGUAUGUAAUGUAUGGGAAAGUAUACAAGAUCGAGGGCGACGAGACAUCUACUGAAGCAGCAACACGCCUCUCUGCCUAUGUGUCCUACGGGGGCCUGCUUAUGAGGCUACAGGGUGAUGCCAAUAACCUGCACGGCUUCGAGGUGGAUUCCAGAGUUUAUCUGCUGAUGAAGAAACUGGCCUUCUGAGCCUCGUGGGAAGCCAACGUUGCUGCUGGGUCACCCAGGUCAUGGACACUGAAGCCCGAGUAGAAGUUGCUGUGGUCCCUGCGGAGGAAGGACUGGCUCUGUCUGCAGUGGUGCACCUUCAGAGACUCACUUGGCCAGUGGAAGACCUACUGGGGGAGCUGAAAAUGAAUCAAGUCAUUUUGUGGAUGUGUUUUUUAAAUUAAAACCUCACUUUUUCAGAUGG